UGACGUUCCAGGGGAGGGGAGAAAACAUGUCUGCCCCGGUUAAGGCAAUGCUGCCAUAAUCCAAUUUGUUAGGGAUUAGUGUAAAAAACUUUAUUAUUCUGGAAUAUAAUAUAUAUUAUAUUGAAUCAAAAGCGCGGCAUUGGAAUCGAUCUAUAGCUACCGUAAUGAAGACUUUCUGCGGACGUGCCAACCCGGCCACAGGCGCGUUGGAUUGGGUCGAGGAGAGUGAGGAGUAUGACUACCAUCAAGAGAUUGCCAGGUAGUUGACGUUAUGCUAGCAAGCCAACCACAUCUUUUCCAUUAAAAUAUUCCUCCAAUGCAAUAUUUCGUGUGUAUAUAAUUGUAUGUUAAUUUAUUGCACUAGCUAUACAAAGCACUGUUUUCUGUAUUUUUGUCAAAUCACUUUUUUUAACCAUGAGGUGAGCUCGAUUUAGCGCCCGGGGCGUUUAGGCAGAGUUCCCACGUCAGUAUCUGAUCAAAUUAUGAUCACCGGUUUGUUUCUCAGGUCCUGCUAUGCUGAUAUGCUGCACGAUCACGAUAGGGUGAGUGUGUGUCCUUGCUUCCUUUGACAGGAAAGAACAUUUACAGCAUAUAGUUUGUACAAGAGACAGUGGAAGCUGUUUUCUUCCCCUGUAUGUUUCUGUGGUUCCCAACCUUUUGGUUACUGUACCACCAACUGAAUUUAGCUCUGCCCGGAAUACCCCUGAAGUACCCCUCAUGCAUUUUACCAGUAGGUUUAUGGCCUCAUGAGUCUUCUCAAGUACCCCCUGUGGAUAGGCCAAGUACCUCCAGGGACCCUAGUACCCCUGGUUGGGAACCACUGAUGUAUCCAUCUGUCUGUCUGUCUGCCCUCCAGAAUGAGAAGUACUACCAGGGCAUAAGGGCUGCUGUGAGCAGAGUGAAAGCACGGGGUGAGAAAGUCAUCGUUCUGGACAUUGGCACUGGAACAGGACUGCUGUCCAUGAUGGCUGUCACAGCUGGGGCUGACUACUGCUACGCUGUAGAGGUGAGCAUGAGUUUGCUGAAACCCACACACCAUUGGCAAAUCAAUCAAAGAGCAUUUACAAUUCACCGUCAAUGACAGGAAAGUGGAAAUGGAAUGAAGGAAAAUGUUAAAGGUGUCCUAAUGAAGAAUUUAUUUUGAAACACCAUUUGAUUGUGAUUUGUUUGUAUCAUCCAAUAGGUUUUCAAGCCCAUGGCAGACGCUGCUCUCCGAAUAGUGAAGAAAAAUGGCUUCUCAGACAAGAUCAAGAUCAUCAAUAAACACUCUACAGAAGUGACAAUUGGACUAGGUAAGUCACACGUAUCAUACACACAGCCAUGUGAUGUACAGUUGUGCUGGUUCAAAAGUUACUUUUCAAAUUGCCUGUGCUGCAGCAACGGUAACUCCUUUUGUGUGUGACAAACUCCAAGUUUGACACACAGUUUAUUUUAGAAUCAUCUUAACAAUAACCAAUGUAAUGAACUGUGACCUGAAAUAUUUCUGAAAUAUGCCCCAUACAUUGCAGUUACAUCCACUUUGGAGCACUUUUCUUUAACUGUGCAGGGAAACUUUUUAACCUCAACUGUAUGUUAUCAUAAGAUUGCUACAUAUGUGUUUUCAUUACAGAUGGAGACAUGCAGACUCGAGCCAACGUCCUCAUCACAGAGCUGUUUGACACUGAACUAAUUGGAGAGGGAGCCUUACCCAGCUACGAACAUGCUCAUCUCAACCUGGUCCAGGUAGGUGUGUCUGUGUGUGCUUGCGUGUGUGUGUUGUGCGUUUGUGCGAAAGUGAGAAAAAUAAUCAGACGUGUGAAGCAGAUGUGUAUUUCUCCUGUAGGAGGGCUGUGAGGCUGUGCCACACCGUGCCACAGUGUAUGCCCAGCUAGUGGAGUCAGAGCAGUUGUGGAGUUGGGCACAGUUACAACCCAUGGAGGUGGAUGGUCGCAAACUGCUGCCCCCUCCCGCUGUAAGUCACUGUGCUGGAGCCCACUCUGUCUGUGACAUCCAGCUCAGCCAGGUGCCCCCUCACCGCUUCACACCACUAGGGCCUCUCUGCACCAUGUUCAGGUGAGAUGCACAUUGUUGAACAAACAUGUAUUAUUCAUAUAUUCCCAAUGAAUCUUCUCAUUCAGUGGUAAUUUAUGCCUCUCUCUCUUUUCUUCUCUCAGUGUGGAUUUCAGUAAGCCAGUGAGCAGUGCCCCUCAGUCCCACUCCUCCAGCUUCCCAGCUCAGUCCAGUGGCCGGGCUCAAGUGGUCCUCUCCUGGUGGGACAUAGACAUGGACCCCAGCGGCUCCAUCGUGUGUUCCAUGGCUCCCAGCUGGACCUACCCAGACCCUCAGUCCGCUCCUGUGAGUGCAGUGGGAAUGUCAUGGAUGUACAUGUGUGAUAGUUUGAGGAAGUAAUGUUUGUGUGUUUGUCUUUUUAGUGGCGGGAUCACUGGAUGCAGAGUGUCUACUUCCUUCCUGUGGAGAGAAGGGUGGCAAAGGGAGAGGAACUCAGCCUUACUGUCUCCCAUGACGACUACAGCCUGUGGUACAGCCUACAGCCAGACGGGUAACUAACUCAUACAUACACUCUAGACCACUUAGAUGUACAAAACUGUCUGUAGUUACCUAAUGUUGCACAAACAAAGAAGGGUGAGUAAAGGUUGUCUAAUCAGAGCUGUGUGUGUUUGUUUAUUAUGUGUCCUCUCAGUCAACAGGGCACAUUGAGUGAGGUACCACCUUGUCGGCCAUGUUGCGUCUGUCAGGCUCACCUGGUGUGGACACGCACACGCUUCGGGGAGCUCAACGACCACCAGCGCACACAGAGCUACGUCAGCGCUCUACGCAGUGUGAGUGAUGAGGUUUGAGGUUCAGGUAUAGAGCAGGGUUUGUGCUGUUUUGCCAUAAUGGAUGUGGUGUAGCUACUAUUCGAUACAAAUAAUGAAUAUGGGUGUUUGUCAAUUUUAGGUUGUAAAACCAGACAGCGUGUGCGUAGGGGUCAGUGAUGGGAGUCUGUUACCCGUCUUCGCUCACAUGCUUGGAGCUAAGAAGGUAUUACUCUUUUGACUUUGUGAUGCUCUUACUUGUAUAUGUUUACUCGCCUAUUUGGUAUUUGAAAUUAUUCCAACAAGGCCACACAAUAAGAUUUGUCUCUAUCCAUCCAGGUGUUCAGUUUGGAAAACUCUGGAAUGUUGAAGCAGGUCAUUGAACAAGUGAGUGGAGUCCCCAUAACAAAAGCCUUGACUUAGUUCAAAUCUAUUAGUAAAAGUCAAGGAACACAGGGUUGCUAGUUGCUAAAACGUUUAUCUUUCUGUAGGUGCUGGAUGCCAACUCCAUGAGAGGAGGAGUUCAGAUUCUGGGGAUUCGUCCUGACCAGCUGUCCAGUACUGACCUAGCUGGGGAACAGGUAUUAACAGUAACUCUGUUUGGGGGUGAUAUGUACAGUGGGGAGAACAAGUAUUUGAUACACUGCCGAUUUUGCAGGUUUUCCUACUUACAAAGCAUGUAGAGGUCUGUAAUUUUUAUCAUAGGUACACUUCAACUGUGAGAGACGGAAUCUAAAACAAAAAUCCAGAAAAUCACAUUGUAUGAUUUUUAAGUAAUUAAUUUGCAUUUUAUUGCAUGACAUAAGUAUUUGAUACAUCAGAAAAGCAGAACUUAAUAUUUGGUACAGAAACCUUUGUUUGCAAUUACAGAGAUCAUACGUUUCCUGUAGGUCUUGACCAGGUUUGCACACACUGCAGCAGGGAUUUUGGCCCACUCCUCCAUACAGACCUUCUCCAGAUCCUUCAGGUUUCGGGGCUGUCGCUGGGCAAUACGGACUUUCAGCUCCCUCCAAAGAUUUUCUAUUGGGUUCAGGUCUGGAGACUGGCUAGGCCACUCCAGGACCUUGAGAUGCUUCUUACGGAGCCACUCCUUAGUUGCCCUGGCUGUGUGUUUCGGGUCGUUGUCAUGCUGGAAGACCCAGCCACGACCCAUCUUCAAUGCUCUUACUGAGGGAAGGAGGUUGUUGGCCAAGAUCUCGAGAUACAUGGCCCCAUCCAUCCUUCUUCCUCCAAACACGGCGAGUGGAGUUUAGACCAAAAAGCUCUAUUUUUGUCUCAUCAGACCACAUGACCUUCUCCCAUUCGUCCUCUGGAUCAUCCAGAUGGUCAUUGGCAAAUUUCAGACGGGCCUGGACAUGCGCUGGCUUGAGCAGGGUGACCUUGCGUGCGCUGCAGGAUUUUAAUCCAUGACGGCGUAGUGUGUUACUAAUGGUUUUCUUUGAGACUGUGGUUCCAGCUCUCUUCAGGUCAUUGACCAGGUCCUGCCAUGUAGUUCUGGGCUGAUCCCUCACCUUCCUCAUGAUCAUUGAUGCCCCACGAGGUGGGAUCUUGCAUGGAGCCCCAGACCAAGGGUGAUUGACCGUCAUCUUGAACUUCUUCCAUUUUCUAAUAAUUGCGCCAACAGUUGUUGCCUUCUCACCAAGCUGCUUGCCUAUUGUCCUGUAGCCCAUCCCAGCCUUGUGCAGGUCUACAAUUUUAUCCCUGAUGUCCUUACACAGCUCUCUGGUCUUGGCCAUUGUGGAGAGGUUGGAGUCUGUUUGAUUGAGUGUGUGGACAGGUGUCUUUUAUACAGGUAACGAGUUCAAACAGGUGCAGUUAAUACAGGUAACGAGUGGAGAACAGGAGGGCUUCUUAAAGAAAAACUAACAGGUCUGUGAGAGCCGGAAUUCUUACAGGUUGGUAGGUGAUCAAAUACUUAUGUCAUGCAAUAAAAUGCAAAAGAUUUACUUAAAAAUCAUACAAUGUGAUUUUCUGGAUUUUUGUUUUAGAUUGAUAAAAAUUACAGACCUCUACAUGCUUUGUAAGUAGGAAAACCUGCAAAAUCGGCAGUGUAUCAAAUACUUGUUUUCCCCACUGUGUAUGAUAUGCAGUAUUAGAAACCCCUGAACAGUGUCUGUACAAAAACUAUUUUACACUUAUAAAACAGUUUUUGUUACUCUUUUCUGCUGCUUUCUAUUUGAGUCAUGUAUUUAUAUUGUUUCAUGUGUCCCCUAGAUAUCAGUGUUGAUAGGUGAGCCCUACUUCAGCACCAGUCUUCUGCCCUGGCACUCCCUGUACUUCUGGUACUGUCGCACUGCUCUGGUCCGUCUGCUGACACCCAAUGCCACCAUCUUGCCUUGCUCUGCCACACUUUGCAUAGUCGCUGUGGAAUUUCAGGUAAGAGAUAUUGGCAUCUGUAGUAAAAUGAAAAGUACACUUUUGAACUUAUUUGUGACUCUCAUUCGGUCUCUCUCCGCUGUCUUUAAUUCACUCAACCUCUCUCAGGAUCUGUGGAGGAUAAGAGCUCCUUGUGGUACAUGUGAAGGCUUUGACGUUGGACCUAUGGAUGAGAUGAUUCAGGUUAGAAUCCACCUUUUUCACAAACCUUUUUCAAUAUAUACUCAAACUACCGUUAGGUGAAUGGACAUAAUCGCAUUGCUGAUCUAGUCUAAUUUCAACUGGAGAAAAAUAUACUUUUUAUCAAUGUGAUCAAAGAUAGCAAUGGAAAUGGGCACUGCUCUAGUCUAUUCAUUAGCUCACUCACAGCAGUGCACCUUUAAUUAUCCCCUUACAGCAGUCUCUGGAUUUCCGUGAGUCCCGUGAGGCUGAGCCACAGCCUCUGUGGGAGUACCCUUGUCGGGCCCUGACCCAGCCCAAAGCUGUCAUGACCUUUGACUUCCUACAGUGUGUUCCUGAACAGCCAAUCAGACGUCAGGGAUCACUACCACUUACGAGGUAAGGACUCUUAUUUUGGUCUCAGAAUUUGUAUUUUAUUUCUCAUACCGGUAAGUAAAUUGUAGUUAAAACUCCUAGCCAGAGCACAGGAAGCGUAAAUUCUCAAAUGUGCACUGAUAGGAUAAUGGCAUUCCAAACAGUCCCUAGCACCAUUUGUGUUUCUGUACAGGAGGGGGCGUUGCCAUGGUGUGGCCCUGUGGAUGGAGUACCAACUGAAUGAUGACGUCAAAGUUAGCAUGGGCCUGAUGAGACCAGUCAGUGAAGAGGUACUAACAUCACUCAAAUUCAAUACAACUGCUAAUGCAUUGCAAUUUGUAUUUUUCUGUAAUUCAGUAUGAAUCCCUGAUAAAGGUUAAAUUAAUAAAUGAACUGAUAAAAUUAUUCUAUACAUUUUUCUACAGUUGAAUAAAUGAACCCCUCUUGUACCCCUGUAGGGUGCCUGUGAAUGGAGUCUCCAUCGGAAACAAGGAGUGUACUUCUUCAGGUCCCCCUGGGAGAGCUCAGGGGAUGGAAGGGCAUCAGUGUCUUAUAGUUUCACCUUUGAACCCAGCAUCGGGGACAUCAAAAUGGACUUCGCAGUUGCCUCACAGUGAUACACCUCCAGUAUACAUGAAAUCGGACAUCUGAGUUGGUUUCUAUACAGAGGACAGACAUUUAAAAUAAAUCUAGAAAUUACUCUAGAAAAACCAAAUACUGAUGGUGUUACUUUGUUGUUUUAUACUGUAUUAUUGUGCUUUUGAGUGUAAAAGUGAAUAUAUAGACAGGCCAUGAGAUUGAAAAGUGAAAAAUGGCUUGUGAAGGAUUGUCAUUGGCUCUAACAGAAUCUGAUCCGCAAAUGAGUGAUUAUUAAAUGGGAAAUCCUGAAAAGAAUGACUAACAUUCCUAUUUUUGCAGAAACCAAUACAGAUAGUAAUAUACACAGUUAAUUGAACUGACAAUUAAUAUGGACACCUGUAUGUUGAAAUAUGGUGAGUGGCCUGUGAAAUCUUCAUUAGUGGGGAAAAAAGUAUUUAGU